AGGGGCUGAGCUUCGAGGGGCUGAGCUUCGAUGGAGGACCACAUGGCGGGGCACAACAAGGAGAAGCAUUAUGAGUGCGACGUGUGUGGCAAGUCCUGGCAGAAGCCGAGCCUGCUGGAGUCCCACCGGCGGGUGCACACGGGCGAGAAGCCCUAUAGCUGCUCCACCUGCGGCAAGAGCUUUGCCCAGUCAUCCGGGCUGCGGGUGCACCGGCGGGUGCACAGCAGUGAGCGUCCGUUCCCCUGCUCCGAUUGCGGCAAAUGCUUCAAGUCGUCGUCGGACCUGAAAGUGCACCGGCGCCUGCACACCGGGGAGCGGCCCUACACCUGCAGCGACUGCGGCAAGGGCUUCACCUGCUCCAACAGCCUGCUGGAGCACCGGCACACCCACACCGGUGAGCGCCCCUUCACCUGCGCCCAAUGUGGCAAGAGCUACACCCGCUCCUCCAGGCUGCUGCAGCACCAGCAGGUGCACACCGGCGACCGGCCCUUUGGCUGCUCCACCUGCGGCAAGAGAUUUUUCAAUUUGAGGAGACUGGGGCAGCACCAGUGGGUACACAGUGGAGAGCUGCCCUUCAGCUGUUCCGACUGCACCAAGGACUUCAAGACGGCGCAAGAGCUGACGAUCCACCGGCGGGUGCACACGGGCGAGAAGCCCUAUGGCUGCUCCACCUGUGGCAAGAGCUUUGCCCAGUUAUCGGGGCUGCGGGAGCACCAGCGGGUGCACAGCAAUGAGCGGCCCUUCACCUGCUCCGACUGUGGCAAAAGCUUCAAGUCAUCGACGGAACUGAAGGCGCACAGGCGCCUGCACACCGAGGAACGGCCCUACAUCUGUAGCGACUGCGGCAAGGGCUUCACCCGCUCCACUUAUCUGCUGACCCACCAGCAGGUGCACUCCGGCGAGAGGCCCUUUGGCUGCUCCGACUGCGACAAGGAUUUCAAGGGGCUGCAAGAGCUGAAGAUCCACCGGCGGGUGCACACGGGCGAGAAGCCCUAUUGCUGCUCCACCUGUGGCAAGAGCUUUGCCCGGUUCACGGGGGCUAUGGGAGCACCGGCGGGUGCACAGCAGUGAGCGGCCCUUCACCUGCUCCGACUGCGGCAAAAGCUUCAAGUCGUCCACGCACCUGAAGAUGCUGCCUGGCCCGCUGAGUUACUCCAGCAUUUUGUGUCCACGACUUGUGUCCCUGACAAAGACUUGCCAGGCUUUGUCCAGCCCCCAUCUCUCUUUUCCAGCUUCCUAACCCCACCCUCUCCAAUCAGUCUGAAGAAGGGUCCUGAUUCAAAACGUCAUUUUAUGGCAGCAUCUAGUGGCAACCCAUGGGCACAUCGAAACAUCGGCUCUAGAGGGCGGCGUCUUGGUGUGGGAGGAACUAGUAACGGGGUCGGUACCUGAGUUGGUAUUUAAGGCCGGGCAACGCCCAUGUCUGGGGAGGAGCAGGGAGUUGUAUUGGAGAGAAUAAACAUGUCUUGUGCACACAA